UUGUGUUCCUCCAAUCAUCAUCACAAAAGAGCUCAAAAUUUUCUCAAUAAGUUGGCAACUUUGCCGUUGGUUUUCCCACCAGAUCCAUAGCCUGAUUGUGAAAAACAUUAGACACAAGACAUCUCCCAAAAUGGUCAGCUGAAACAGAACUGAAAAACCAAAAAACCAAAAGGCCAAAACCCAAAAAAACCAGAAACCUCCCAAUCUCUUCAAAAUGACUAAAACAAACCAGAAAUAUCUCACAAUCCCAUUUCACAUCUUUAUCUUCCUCAUCUUUCUCAGCCAUGGAGUGCUCUCCCAAACACUCCAGGAACAAGAACAAUCAGUCCUUUUGAAGCUAAAGCAGCACUGGGGAAACAUUUCCUUCAUGGAUGAGUGGACCCCAUCAGACAAUUCUCAUUGUUCUUGGCCUGGAAUCACCUGCACGUCCAAUUCCGUCAAAGGGCUGUCACUCAACAAUGUGAAUAUCACUGGACCCGUUCCAUCCUUCAUUUGUGACUUGAAGAAUCUCGCAACCAUUGAUCUUGGGGAUAACUAUAUCCCAGGAGAGUUUCCAAGAGCUGUUUUCAACUGUUCAAAGCUCGAAGCUUUGGACCUCUCUGAAAACUACUUUGUUGGAACGCUUCCCGAUGACAUUGACAAACUGGCUAAGCUCCAAAGUCUAGUCCUCGGAGGUAAUAACUUCACUGGUGAUAUCCCACCUGCUAUUGGGAAGCUGCAAGAGCUUAAGGUCCUGGCCUUAGGAGGCAAUCUGUUUAAUGGCUCGUUACCACCAGAAAUUGGUGACUUGUCAAAUCUUGAAGAUUUGUGGUUGGCCAAUAAUAAUCAGCUUGUCCCUUCAAGGCUGCCUUCCAGUUACACCCAGCUGAGGAAGUUGACAAAUCUAGAAGUUUCCAGCUCAAACUUGAUUGGGGAGAUACCGGAAAGUAUUGGAGACAUGGAAGCAUUGGAAUGGCUGGAUUUAUCCCGGAGUGACUUGCAUGGAAAGAUCCCCGACGGGUUGUUCAUGUUGAAGAAUUUGAGCAUAGUAUUCCUUUUCAAGAACAAACUGUCUGGUGAUGUUCCUCAAGUGGUUGAAGCUCUGAACUUGAAGAUAAUCGAUCUUUCGGAGAACAAUUUGGCUGGAAAAAUACCGGAAGAUUUUGGGAAGCUAACUAAGUUGACAGGCUUGGCCUUGUUUUCCAAUCAAUUAUCAGGCAGUAUACCGGAGGGCAUAGGCAGAUUACCAGUCUUGGUAGAUUUCAAAUUGUGGGACAACAAUCUCACGGGCGUGUUGCCUCCGGAUUUGGGCAAGUACUCAAAUCUCAGAGAGUUCCAAGUAAGCUCCAAUAGGCUCUCAGGGGAGUUGCCACAACAUUUGUGUUCCAAUGGUCAACUGGUUGGGGUGGUGGCUCAUGAGAACAACUUCACUGGGGAGCUUCCUGAAUCACUGGGAAAUUGCAACUCAUUGGAAAUGGUCAAGGUUUCAGAUAACAGGCUUUCUGGGAAAGUUCCUAGUGGCCUGUGGACAGCCUUGAAUUUGAGUUAUGUGACGAUGAGCAACAACUUAUUCAACGGUACGCUUCCUGAGAAGUGGUCCCCAAUUCUUACAAGAUUGGAAAUCAGUAACAACAACUUUUCAGGUAAUAUUCCAAUUGGUUUGGCUUCAUUAAGGAACUUGGUGGUGUUUAAGGCCAGCAAUAACCUCUUGACAGGUGCCAUUCCUCAAGAACUAACCACUUUUCAUCAUUUGACAAAUCUUUUCCUUGAUCAAAACCAGCUCACAGGGGAUCUUCCAUCUGAUAUAGAAUCAUGGGAUUCCCUAAAUACUCUUAACCUGAGUGGAAAUCAACUCUCUGGACAAAUUCCUGAGAAGCUCGGUUUCUUGCCUACUCUUACAGACUUAGACCUCUCAGAGAACGAAUUUUCGGGCCAAAUUCCACCCCAACUUGGUCUUCUAAGGCUAAUUUUUCUCAAUCUCUCUUCCAAUGACCUCUCCGGAACAAUCCCGAGUGCAUUGGAGAUCGCUGUAUAUGCCAACAGUUUCUUGAACAAUCCUGGUCUUUGUUCUAGUAAUAAUGUCUUACAACUCAAGUCCUGCAAUCCAAAAUCUCAAAAUGACAAUAUGUCAACACCCUAUCUUGUUUUGAUCAUAGCACUAAGUGUUGCAGCAUUUUUGUUGGCCGUGUCCUUCACAUUCAUCAUAAUCAGAUGCUACAGGAGCAAACACGGACUCGAUCCGAAAUGGAAGCUCACCUCAUUCCAGAGGCUGAAUUUCACAGAAUCAAACAUUGUGUCCGGUCUAAGUGAUCACAACCUGAUUGGGAGCGGCGGCUCUGGAAAAGUUUACCGUGUUCCCGUGAACCGUCUAGGCAAUGUUGUUGCUGUAAAGAGAAUAUGGAACAACAAAAAGGUAGAACACAAACUCGAGCAAGAAUUCCUUUCGGAAGUCAAGAUACUGAGCUCAAUCCUACACACCAACAUAGUGAAACUCCUAUGUUGCAUAUCCAGCGAGAGUUCGAAACUCCUUGUCUACGAGUACCUAGAAAACCGAAGCCUAGACAGAUGGCUGCACAACAAAAACAGGCAAAAUAUGAUCUCAGCUGCUCGUUCUGUCCAUCCCGGCAUUCUUGACUGGCCCAAGAGGUUGCAAAUCGCGGUGGGGGCUGCACAGGGUCUCUGCUAUAUGCACCAUGAUUGUGUCCCACCAGUUAUUCACAGAGACAUUAAAACAAGUAACAUAUUGCUAGACUCGGAUUUCAAUGCGAAAAUCGCUGAUUUUGGACUGGCCAGGUUGUUGGUCAAGCAAGGAGAACUUGCCACAAUGUCAACCGUGGCUGGUUCUUUUGGCUACAUGGCUCCAGAGUAUGCUCAUUCGACAAGAGUGAAUGAGAAGAUUGACGUUUACAGUUUCGGGGUUGUCCUCCUGGAGCUAGCAACAGGCAGAGAAGCAAACAGCGGUGACGAACACACUUCCCUAGCCGAAUGGGCGUGGCGUCACGUUCAAGAUGAUAAGCCCAUAGAAGAUGCCUUGGACGAGGAGAUAAAGGACCCGAUUUAUGUGGAAGAAAUGAGCUGCGUUUUCAAGCUGGGGAUCUAUUGUACGACUACUCUGCCUUCCACUAGGCCUUCCAUGAAAGAUGUUCUGCAACUCCUGCUCCGGCAUAGUCGGCAGAUGGCUAAUGGCGAAAAGUUUGUUGGGACCGAAUAUGAUGCCGCUCCACUACUCAAGAACUCAAAGCGUGAAAGGAGUUUGGAAGAUGAUGACGGCAUUUUUGCAAGCAAUGUGUGAUACCCCUUGAAUGCUUCACAGAAGGUUAAAAGUAGCGUAUGAGUUUGUAAUAUUAGUAGUAUGUAAUAUUAGUAGAGAAAACUGUGUAGAUCGUUUUAGAGCAGAGCUUGAUUUUGUAAUAUUAGUAGAGACUAGAGGAAGGUGAAGAAGCGUUGAGUUGGGAAGAAACAAAAGAUUCAGACGUUAGAUGCAGCAGCAAGAAGAAUGAGAAUAUUCUAUCAGUGUCGCGCAGUUCUCGACGUCAAUUUUUA